UUGUUUUCUUAAUUGCCUUUUGAGCUCCAACUGGGCAACUGGCCAAGAUAUCGUGCCUGUCAGCUGCUCUCAGGAUCCACUACUUUUUCACAGCCGGCCAGCAAUGGAGGAUCCCUGGAGCAAUUUCUUUCAAGGCCUUCUGGAUUAUAAAACAGAGAAGUUUGUGCUGACCAGGAACAGAAAGGUCGGAGUGUUGCACCGCUUGAUCCAGCUGGGGAUACUGGGCUAUAUCUUUGGGUGGGUGUUUCUAGUCAAAAAGGGCUACCAAGAGAAAGAUUCAGAUCCUCACUUCUCUGUGAUCACUAAACUGAAAGGGAUCUCGGUCACGCACAUCAAGGAGCUUGGGGACCAACUGUGGGAUGCAGCAGAUUAUGUGAAACCUCCUCAGGGAGAAAAUGUAUUCUUUGUGGUUACCAAUCUCAUAGCUACACCAAAGCAAGUACAAGGAUCCUGCCCAGAGCAUCCUUCUGUUCCUGAUGGAAGUUGCAGAGGGAAUUCAGACUGCAUUGCAGGACAGCCAGUAAUCCACGGAAACGGGAUCAAAACAGGGAGGUGUGUCAAUUUUAACAUCUCCCACAGCACUUGUGAGAUCUACGGGUGGUGUCCAGUGGAAAACCAGACCAUGCCCCGGCAACCACUCUUGGCUGAAGCGGAGAAUUUUACUCUCUUUAUUAAAAACAGUAUCAACUUUACUAAGUUCAAUUUCUCCAGGACCAACACUUUAAUGACCGCAGAUGACUCCUACUUCAAGGGAUGCAGAUAUGAUGCCCUCUCUAGUCCUUAUUGUCCUGUCUUCCGUAUUCACGACAUGAUCAAGGCUGCUGGAGAGACUUUUGCAAAUCUUGCCCUCUUGGGGGGAGCCAUCGGCCUGCGCAUUGACUGGAACUGUGACUUGGAUCAGCCUCCCUCGGAAUGCAGACCUCACUAUUCCUUCAGCCUGCUGGAUAAGCAAUACAAUUUCAGAAUGGCCUUCUACUAUCAGGACCCACUAAACCAGCACUACAGGACCCUGCUGAAACUCUACGGCAUCCGCUUUGACAUUUCUGUCCAAGGACAGGCUGGGAAGUUUAGUAUUGUGCCUACAGCUAUCAACUUGGGAACAGGGGCUGCCUUUCUCAGUGCUGCCUCAGUUGUUUGCGACCUCGUUCUCCUGUACCUCGAUACGAAAGCGGAGUUCUAUCGGAGCAAGAAGUACGAGGAGGCAAAGCCUCCAAAAGACACAGUCAAGGCAGCUCCGUAGCACUACUGACAGGGGAGCGCAGAUUAUGCCCCACUUCUCAAGGAUCAACUGGAAGUAACUUGAAGUGUCCUGCAGAGCUUGUAACCCUGCUGCAAAUAUACAGGCACUCUAUUGCCAGCUUGUCUUACCUCAGUGGAGCAAACAGCAUUUCUGGGGGCCAAAGUCAGGAAAACAAUGCAGGGCAGCAGAUUAAAUUUCCUUCCACCAGUGGUAUAGACCAGAAUCAGACCCCCCUGAAUCGGUCCUAAACUGAGUCAGACCCCCUCCCCGACAUGGCUGUAGUUUACAAAAAAAAGAAGAAGAAGGAGGAGGAGGAACACCCAGCAUCUGCUCUAGCUGGACCUGAAGUGAGACAUACUGCAUGACAGACAUUCAAAGGGACUCUCUCUUUCUGCCUAGAAUUUUGGAUAAGCUUGUCCAAAGUCCCUCCUUACAAAACUGGGAUUCCUAAAAUAAGACCGAUAUCCAGCUAGCAUUUCUCUUUCAAGGAUUUUUAAAGUACAUUUAUCACUAGUACUAAGCUAAAUUUAGCUAAGUUUAGAUUAUAGAUAAGGGUUUCCCAGCUUCACGGAUCCUGCAGGUACUUUUAGAAUUUUGUGGGGGUGCCGCCAUAGGGAGUUUGCAAGCCGAAUGUCUUCCUGUGAAUGAAUGACUGCUCCCUGCAGACCCAAGAUGAUGCCUCCUGGUGGGGAAGGGGUCUUCUGCGCACCUGCUGCAAUAAAAUAAAUUCCAGCAUUAGCUCUUUAGUUUGGGGAAGUGGGCACUAGGAAACACACUGAUGAGUGCCGCGGCACCUGCAGGAAUCACAUUGGGAACCCCCACCAAGUUAUUAUAAUGUAACUUUUGUUUAAUUUGUCUACUGUAGUAAUAAAUUCUUAACAAUU